AUGGCAGACAAUGUGCCUAUCGAUGUGAUCCAGUCACAUCAAGAUGACCAGGACUCUGCAGCGAGCUCCAAACACGCUACCGAGAUUCCUCAACCCCCUACCCCACAGCCUGAUCCUGACGAGAAGUACAAGCAUGAUGUACCCCCCGAUGGUGGCUAUGGCUGGGUUUGUGUCGCAUGUGUGUUCUGGAUCAACGCCCAUACUUGGGGAAUCAACAGUAGCUACGGCGUCUUCCUCAGCUAUUACCUCUCCCAUAAUGUAUUCCCCAACACAUCAGCUCUCUCCUACGCCUUCACCGGAGGUCUCAGUAUCUCCUGCGCACUCCUCGUCGCCCCAUUAGCAACAUUUCUCAUCCAGCUCUAUGGCACCCGCCUCGUACUGAACAUAGGCGUCUUCUUCGAGACCCUCUCCCUAGUCGGCUCCUCCUUCGCCACACAGAAAUGGCACAUCUUCCUCAGCCAAGGUGUCUGUUUCGGCUGGGGAAUGGGAUUCCUCUUCGUCGGCAGUGUCGGCAUCGCACCACAAUGGUUCCAGAAACGCCGCAGCGUCGCAAUGGGCAUUACAGCCGCUGGUUCAGGUCUUGGUGGACUUAUCUACUCCCUUGCAGUUGGAGCAAUCAUUCCACGCUAUGGACUAGGCUGGGCGUUUCGCGUUCUUGGCAUUGUAUCUUGUGUGGUGAAUCUCGUCUGUGGAAACCUGCUUCGCGAUCGCAAUAAGCUUGUCGGGAGUCGGUUUACGGCUUUUCAUUUCCCGCUGCUGCGUCGACCUGAGUUUGUCCUUUUUUUGGGGUGGGGCUUCUUCAGUAUGCUGGGCUAUGUGGCGCUGUUGUUCAGUUUGGCCAAUUUCGCGCUUUCGGUGGGAUUGACCUCCCACCAGGGGAGUGUUGUUUCGGCACUUUUGAACCUGGGACAGGGUCUUGGUCGUCCUUGUGUAGGCGUGUUCAGUGAUAGAUUGGGCCGAAUCAACAUCGCGACGUUUUUGACGUUCCUAUGUGGGCUCUUCUGUCUUGUCAUUUGGGUCUUCGCUGAUAGUAUGGGCGUGGUAUGUUUCUUCGCUGUGCUUGUGGGAACUGUCUCCGGUACAUACUGGGCUACUGUCUCGCCGGUGCUGGCGGAGAUUAUUGGGUUAAGAGAUCUGCCGUCUGGUUUGAGUAUUACGUGGCUGUGGCUUGUGGCGCCUUGUACUGUUUCGGAGGUGAUUGCAUUAGAGCUCCGGAGCCCUACUGCUGAUGGCGGGACUUCGUAUAUUGAUGUACAGAUUUUCACGGGUUUCAUGUACAUAGCUGCUUCCAUUUGUCUAUGGCUUGUUCGUAGUUGGAAGGUUGGUGAGCUUGAGCAUGCGGAGCAGAGGCGAGAGUCCGUUGCGCGACAGGGGUCUUUGACUGAGAAUCCUGUGACUGUUUCGUCUGCCUCGGAGGCUGGCGCUGCGCCCUUAUGGACUCCAUUUAGCAUGGCACGAAGGAUGUUUACGCUCAAAAGGGUAUAA